UUGGUGACAAAAUCAGUGCUUGCUCAAGUUGAGAGGCCUAAAGACUGGAGACGUCCCUUUCAAUUGCUCGAAAAUGCGGGUCUUAUCCUGCGCCUCUCCUGCGUAUCCGACGCACUCUCUUCGAGCUUCCAGACCCAUAACUACAGUUCGUUCAAGCUCUCGAGUCCUAGUCUCCGUCAGCAGCCGUAAUAAUCAUAAAGAUCUUCAUCUUCAGGACCAUCCCUUUGUACCGGAGGUCGUAAAAGCAGUGGACUCCUUGUACUCGGAGUUCAGAGCCGUUGAUAAUUUGGUGGCCCGCAAUACUGCCCGUGUUCUGAAAGCUUUCCAGAAUGCUCGAGUUGGGUCUCAUCACUUCGGCGGAUGCACUGGCUAUGGCCAUGAAGAAGCUGGGGGACGGGAAGCACUUGACCAAGCUUUUGCAGAAAUUGUUGGUGCCGAAUCCGCAAUAGUCCGCUCACAGUUUUUUUCAGGUACUCAUGCGAUCACUUGUGCUUUGUUUGCUCUUUUAAGGCCAGGAGAUGAGCUUUUGGCAGUUGCCGGUGCUCCCUAUGACACAUUGGAAGAAGUUAUUGGAAAGAGAGACUCCCAGGGACUAGGUUCCCUGAAAGAUUUUGGAGUGAACUACCGAGAAGUUCCGCUUGCCGAUGAUGGUGGGCUUGACUGGGAUGCACUUGUGUGUGCUGUGAAACCUCAAACAAGAUGUGCACUCAUCCAGAGGUCAUGCGGUUAUUCAUGGCGUCAGAGUUUAAGUGUAAAUCAAAUAGAGAGGGCAAUCAAGAUGAUUAAGAUGCAGAAUCCUAAUUGCUUGGUGAUGGUGGAUAAUUGCUAUGGUGAAUUUGUGGAAAGCAUUGAACCUCCAAUGGUGGGUGCAGAUUUGAUUGCAGGCAGUUUAAUAAAAAAUCCUGGCGGAACCAUUGCACCAUGUGGUGGAUAUGUUGCAGGAAGAGAAAGAUGGGUGAAAGCAGCUGCUGCUCGCCUCUCUGCACCAGGGCUUGGGGUUGAUUGUGGUUCAACUCCUGGUGAUAUUAUGCGAGCUUUUUUCCAGGGGUUGUUCCUUUCACCUCAAAUGGUUGGUGAAGCAAUCAAGGGGACUUUCCUGCUCGCUGAAGUUAUGGCAUCUAAAGGGUACAAGGUGCAGCCGCUUCCUCAUGUCCAACGCCAUGAUGUAGUGCAGGCUGUACAGCUAGGGAGCCGUGAGCGUCUCCUUGCUUUCUGUGAGGCUGUUCAGAGAAGCUCCCCAGUUGCCUCGUUUACAAGACCAGUUGCAGGCACAACUCCUGGAUAUGCAUCUGAGGUGAUCUUUGCUGAUGGAACCUUCAUUGAUGGGAGUACCAGUGAGCUCUCAUGCGAUGGACCAUUAAGAGAGCCUUUUGCUGUAUACUGCCAGGGUGGCACACAUUGGACCCAGUGGGGACUAGUUCUUGAAGAGGUUUUAAAAUACAUAUAAGCUAAAAUCCAUUUUGGGUUAUGAGGAUACACAAGGUGUUGCGAUAACAAUCUUCCAGCGACUCUUUUUUCACCUGUUAGCAAGCAGUUGAGUUGAACUGUCAGUUGUGCCACUCCCAACAUUGGCAGAACUGUUGAAUUUUCAGGAGGAGGGAGCAUCUACUUCAAGGCAAACCUUACGACCAAAGCGAUAAUAGAAUUCAUUAUAUUUUUUCCUCCGUGCACAGAAUGCAGUUUCUCGUGCCACAUGCUGACUAAAGCCGUGAAGAAGGCCUUUGUUUUGGGGCAAGCUGUGAAGGGAGCCGUUAUUUCACUUAUAUAUAAAGAGUUAAGAGCCCUGCUUGAGGAGGCAUGCAUUUUUUCCCCCAUAACAAUCUCUCUUUAUUUAUCAGUUUUGAUUCAAGUCAACUCCGGUCGCCUUUAAACUUGAGAACGGUGGUAUACUUACAGAGAAUAUAGAACUGAAAUUCUCACAA